AUGAAUCCACUGGACUUGGAAAGGGGUCAGAUCCUGGAGGGUCCAAAUGACUCUUAUGUGGUAGAACAAAUCAUUGGCGAAGGCGAGUUCGGGGUUGUGUACGGCUGCGCAACCCAAAGAUGGACGGCCAGCAAAUACGUGGCCUUGAAGCUUGUUAAGGACCCUAAAAACAACAGAGCAGCUAUGGCUGAGAGUGCUAUAAUGCAGGUGCUUAAGGAGAAUCAAGCAGACCAGCAUCACAUCGUGCGCUGCUUCAGCACUUUCGUGGUUAACAAAGUGAUGAUACUGGAGUACGAGCUGUUGGACAUUUCCUUGUCCCAGUUCCUCGAGUGCAAUGGGAGGAUGACUCUGAUGGACAUCCGGCCUGUAAUUAUUCAGAUGGCCACAGUGAUGAAAUUCCUAAAGGGUCUGGGUCUGAUUCAUGGUGACGUGAAGCCGGAGAACGUCGUGUUUGAGAAUCAUGCGAAGGGUCUAAAAGUCAAAAUGAUUGACUUUGGAUCUGCGCAUUGGUCUGCGGCGGUGACGAAGGGAGACUUUUUGGGAACUCUAAAUUACAUGGCUCCGGAGGUGGUGCUGGGAGCACACUUCAAUGAGGCCAUUGACAUCUGGUCCUUGGGCUGCACAGUGAUAGAGAUGCUCACUGGAAGACGGCUGUUUCCUGUGGUCAACGACAUUCAGCUGAUGAGUCACAUCGAGCAAGCUAUGGGGAGCAUUCCAAGCUCAGUCCUGAAAAAGGGAGUUCGGACGAACACUUUCUACCACGAAUUUGUAGAGAAAGGAAAGAAAGUCUGGACGCUCAAGACUAAGGACUCGAAUCACACCAAGCGGCCCAUAAAGCACCUGCAGGAUUUGAGCCGCAUUGGCCAUCAUUAUCAUUCCCCUUCGAAUGAUCGAAAGGUGGACUGGGAGCACUUUGUGGAUCUGACUCAGAGGAUGUUCUGCCUGGAUCCACAAACAAGGAUCACACCGGAGGAAGUGUUGGAACAUCCCUUCAUUUCUAUGAGUCACCUGAGCACCUUCAGCACCAAUUAUGUGACAGUCUCUGCAGGGCUGAUGCACCAUGUCUCGUCUCUUCCCUGCUACAAAGCGAUGCUGCAGCCAGGCGAACAGCAAUCCACCUCCGCCGUGACAGCUCCACGGGUUGAGCCAUCCACUUCCAGGGCCACCGUGACAGCUCCACAGGUUGUGAAGCAGCAGGUCAAACCUCCCCCGUUUGGGAGUUCUCAAGUUAAGGCUCCACAGGUUGAGACUCCGUGGAUUGAGGCUACACCAAGGCUGAAGUCUAUACUUGUGAGGAGACAAAAGCUAAGCGCUAGCAGUUCUAGAAGUAUGGACCCCGGUGUAUGGAGCAGUGCUGUGAAGAAGAAGAAGCAGAAGGCAAUUCGAUUCGCAGACGAGUCCACUACUACAUAUCAGGAGAGAAAACUCGACAUCCAGAUCCAGACGAGAAAUCUCACUCUUAAUGAGAAAAGGACGGGCUGUGGCACCAGUGGACAUUGCACUGGAGGGAACUGCACACCUCCGAACAACACUGCUGUGGACGCGAAGACAGAGAACAAGACCACAAAAAUGAGGGGCUGUGGCACCAGUGGACAUUGCACUGGAGGGAACUGCACACCUCCGAACAACACUGCUGCUGACAAAAAAAGGAAACGCAAGAGAGAGAGCAGCGAGACAACAGAAGUUCAAAGGAAGGUGAAGCUGAGGAAGCUGAUGAAUGAGAAGACGUUUUUCCCAGGGGUGGAGCAGGACUCUGACAACACCAGCGAUGAAUCCAUUCUGACUCCCGAGAGGCAGGAUUCCAGUCCAAUCUCAGACCUAGACUCGCCAAGCCCGUCGUCGCUUCAUGAGAGAUCACAGAGAUCCAGUAGCAUCAACCCUGAGGCAGAAGCAAGGUGGGAGUGGCUGAUGAAUAGGUUUCAGUCUGUCCCCGGUGAGCGGCAGGACUCCUGCAGCUGGAAGACCAGCAGUGAGGAGGAAACCAGUCCGAUUCCAGAGAAGCAGGAGUCCAGUCCGGUUCCGACCCUGGUCCCGAUCCCAGACCUAGGCUCUCUCCCAGGCUCGUCAUCGCUCCCACUCUGUGACCCUGAGAAAUUACAGAGGAUAAUGCGGCGGGGGAAGAAGGGAGGGAUGAGGCGGAAGACUCCUGCUGAUCGACCUGUGGAUCAGGAGUCCAGCAACAAAUCCAGAGUGAGGAGGGUCCAGACUAAGGCAAAAGCAAGUCUGACUCCCGAGAGGCAGGAUUCCAGUCCAAUCUCAGACCUAGACUCGCCAAGCCCGUCGUCGCUUCAUGAGAGAUCACAGAGGUGGGAGUGGCUGAUGAAUAGGUUUCAGUCUGUCCCCGGUGAGCGGCAGGACUCCUGCAGCUGGAAGACCAGCAGUGAGGAGGAAACCAGGAGGAAGAAGCUGGUGAAGAAGACUCCGCAUGUGCCGUGUGUGAAGCAGGACUCCAACAGCAAUACAAGCGGCUGUGAGCAGGAAACAAGUCCGAUUCCCGAGAAGCAGGAGUCCAGUCCGGCCCCGAUCCCAGACCUAGACUGUCUCCCAGGCUCGUCAUCGCUCCCACUCUGUGACCCUGAGAAAUUACAGAGGAUAAUGCGGCGGGGGAAGAAGGGAGGGAUGAGGCGGAAGACUCCUGCUGAUCGACCUAUGGAUCAGGAGUCCAGCAACAAAUCCAGAGUGAGGAGGGUCCAGACUAAGGCAAAAGCAAGUUAUUGGUUCAUUCAAGACUACAGGGAGCUGGGGCUGGAGCAGCAGGCUGAUGUGUCCCUAAAGAGCCUGUUCGAGCAGGUGCGCCCUACAGGUGAAGCGGUGGACAGUGCGUGUGGGUACUUCCUUCAGGAGUCACUGUUGGUGGCCCAUGACGAUGCAAGUCAUAAGAGUAAACUCGGGAGGAAGAAGCUGGUGAAGAAGACUCCGCAUGUGCCGUGUGUGAAGCAGGACUCCAACAGCAAUACAAGCGGCUGUGAGCAGGAAACAAGUCCGAUUCCCGAGAAGCAGGAGUCCAGUCCGGCCCCGAUCCCAGACCUAGACUGUCUCCCAGGCUCGUCAUCGCUCCCACUCUGUGACCCUGAGAAAUUACAGAGGAUGAUGCGGCGGGGGAAGAAGGGAGGGAUGAGGCGGAAGACUCCUGCUGAUCGACCUGUGGAUCAGGAGUCCAGCAACAAAUCCAGAGAGAAGAAGCUGGUGAAGAAGACUCCGCAUGUGCCGUGUGUGAAGCAGGACUCCAACAGCAAUACAAGCGGCUGUGAGCAGGAAACAAGUCCGAUUCCCGAGAAGCAGGAGUCCAGUCCGGCCCCGAUCCCAGACCUAGACUGUCUCCCAGGCUCGUCAUCGCUCCCACUCUGUGACCCUGAGAAAUUACAGAGGAUGAUGCGGCGGGGGAAGAAGGGAGGGAUGAGGCGGAAGACUCCUGCUGAUCGACCUGUGGAUCAGGAGUCCAGCAACAAAUCCAGAGUGAGGAGGGUCCAGACUAAGGCAAAAGCAAGGAGGAAGAAGCUGGUGAAGAAGACUCCGCAUGUGCCGUGUGUGAAGCAGGACUCCAACAGCAAUACAAGCGGCUGUGAGCAGGAAACAAGUCCGAUUCCCGAGAAGCAGGAGUCCAGUCCGGCCCCGAUCCCAGACCUAGACUGUCUCCCAGGCUCGUCAUCGCUCCCACUCUGUGACCCUGAGAAAUUACAGAGGAGGAAGAAUCUGGAGAAGAAGACUCAUUUGAUUGAUUUGGUUUCAUUCAGUCCGAUUUCUGAGAAGCAGGGGUCCAGUCCAAUCCUGACCCUGGUUUCGAUCCCAGUCCCGUCACCAACCAGUGUCCGUGAAGCAGAAACCUGUAGACAGAGAGAAACCAUCCUCUCCAGCAGGAAAGUGCCGAUUCGCCGUAACACUACACCAGAAUGCAGGAACAUCUUGAGGCGCUGCUUGGUGAAAGAUCCCAAAAGUCGCAUCAGUCUGAGGGACUUAAAGAAUCAUCUUUGGCUCCGCGAUUAA